UUUUACCUUUUUUAUAUCAUUUAGUUUUAAACAUAUAUAUCAUUUAGAUUUAGGUAUAUUGAAAUGUGCGUUCAGAUAUUUGGAGCUCUAGCGCGACUAGACCUAUAAGUUCGUAGCUCUGCCACUGGUACCCAGGGCACAGGCACAACAGAGUCAGUUAGCAGGAGAUGAUACUACUGCAGCGCAGGCGCGCAGCAGCAAAGGCAGACCCCCAUGCAGUGCAACAGAGGGAAGCCGCGCUCGCGGUCGUCGCUGCCGUGCUCCUCCUCGUCGCAGCCACCCCACAGCAGGGGGGCGCCGCCCAGAUACCGAUCUACCCGGGCAGCUGGGCGUCGGGUUACGGCAGUUACUACGGCAUGGCUUGCACGGGCACGGUGGGGGGAGUGCGUGGACGGCGGCGCGGUGGUCAGGAGCGAGCUGGGCGGCGGCGGCUUCAUCAGCUACGGCGCACUGGGCAAGGGCCAUGUGCCGUGCUCGAUCCACGGCGCGCCCUAUGGCAACUGCAACCCGGGCGCCGUGGCCAACCCCUACAACCGGGGCUACUCCGCCAUCACCGAGUGCAGAGGCUAGCUUAGCGAGCGAUCGAGACGGCUCAUGGCGGUGCUAGCAUGCACGCAUACACGGUCUGGAUGCACCACUACUUGUCCAGUUCUUGCAGCUUGUAAGACAAAAAUUCUUUUUUUAACCAAGUAAGACAAUUUUUUUUUCCUUUUCCCUUUUGUUUCUUGGGUACAGUUCUACAUAGGCUUGGUGUUGGAUCAUAUAUUAGACAUCAUGUGGUCUAUUGUUUGUUUUGAUCGGUUUUUCAGCGAAAUACUGA